AUGUUACCACCUGCUGCAAAUUUGAUGGAUUAUUCCUGCGUAGUCCAACUUACCACCCUUGGAAGUGAUACGCUACUCAUAAGGUUUCCGAAAACUCGUCGAGAGCCCAUGACUGGUUUCGCCCUUCUUGGGGCUCAGCAGGUAGGCGAAUUCCCCGAGUUCCGAUCAAUUUUAUGUUCCACUAGCACACUCAAAUUCUUAAAAAAUCACAAACGAGGGAAUCAACUGGGUUCCAGCGGAGUCUCUCGUCAAAACCAAAUUGGUGUGCAAAUGAGUGCGCAGUCCCCGAGUCUCCGUCAACCUUAUGUUCUACUUGAACCCAAAUUGAAGAAAUACACUCAUUUGCAAAUCAAUUUGGUUUUCACGGGAGACUCAAUCGAAUCUCUCGUUUAUGAUGUCCUCCAACUGAGAGAUUCAAUUGAAUCUCCCGUGGAAACCAAAUUGAUUUGCAAACGAGUGUAUUUCUCGAAAGCAGUUGAGUUUACUUCGAAUUGGCGAGUUCGGAUAGCCAUGAAAAUUCCCGUGCGCAGCUCCAUGACAGUCUGGUAG